GUAUCCUGUGGCGUUGACGUCAUUACGUUGCCACUAACCAAUGAGAACAGUUAUGUGCGGAGCUACUCGUGUAGCCGCGCCAACCCGUCUCAGGGUAAACUUACUUCCGGUGAAAACAAUGGCCGAGUCUAAGAGCAAAAGUUUUUGUAGCGUGCCUCAGUGCAGCAAUUCUAAACAAAAACAACCGUAUUUACGUUUUCACGAUUUCCCUUCAAACAAAGAGCAAAGGGAGAAGUGGGUGAUCGCUAUUAGAAGGGAAGAAGGGCCUUUCUUUGUGAUUCGGAGAGGUAGUACUUAUGUCUGCAGUCAGCAUUUCACUGCUGCAGACUACAUUGAAGGAAGAUCGCGGCUGAAGGUCGGUGUCGUUCCCAGUCGUUUUAUAUGGAAUGAUUUACAUGUAACUUCUCAAAGUCUGUCUGCUUCUGAGGGAUCUAGGGUUCGGCUGGGCGUGGAGGCGUGCGGUCAGGAGCCGCCGGUGGUCUUGGAAGAUGCUCUCCAUGAUCACGACUAUGUGGCGCGCGCACCUGCCGAAUCUUUUAGACCUUUUAUAAUGGCAUCAGAAGAAAGAACCUUAAAUUCUUUCAGUAAACCUCCACACACUCCUGCUCGCUCACAGCUUUGGCAGGUUGCAGAGACGGACCAAGAGUCAACAAGCUCUGAGGAACAUGUCAUCCCUGUGGUCCAGCAGAACUUAAGAGUCCAUCAAAAGCCCCUAAAAGAGAACGAUGAAGGCCACCUUUGUGGAGACGCAUCGAGUUCACUAGGACAAGUCAUCCUUACGGACCAGAAACCUACAGGAGAAUUUGAGAGGAAUCUUGUCAAAGAGGAAGAAUCAGAAGGGGAAGACUACCUCUCUGUAGACACGUCAAAUCCCGCGGGAAAUUUGAUCCCUGUUGACCAGCAGAACGAAGAAUUUGUGAGGAUCACAGUAAAAGAGGAAGAACCUGAAGAUGAAGACUACCAGUGUGGAGCCACGUCGAGCUCAGUGGAAACUGCCAUCCCUGUGGACCAACAGAACGGAGAAUUGGAGAGCAACGCCAUAAAAAAUGAUGACAGCUACCUCUUCUGUGAGCAUUGCAGAACGUUCUUCAUCAACAAAUGUGAAGUUCAUGGUCCAGCUCUCUUCAUCACUGAUACUCCUGUUCCCAUGAUGUCCAUUGACCGAGCCAGACAAACCCUGCCCCUUGGUCUAGAAGUUCAGAUGUCUGGUAUUCCCAACGCAGGCCUGGGAGUGUUUAAUAAAGGAGAGACUGUGCCAGUAGGUGCUCACUUUGGGCCCUAUGAGGGAGACCUGGUGGACAGAGAUGAAGCAAUAAACAGUGGAUACUCUUGGGUGAUAUACAGGAGCAGUGGAUGUGAGGAAUAUAUAGAUGGCAAGAGAGAAUUGUAUUCUAACUGGAUGAGGUAUGUGAAUUGUGCUCGUAAUGGUGAAGAGCAUAAUCUCGUGGCGUUUCAGUAUCGUGGCGGGAUUCUGUACCGUUGCUCUAGACCCAUCAAUCCAGGACAAGAGCUUUUGGUGUGGUACGAAGAGGAGUAUGCCAGACGCCUUGGCCUUGUGUUCGAAUACUUCUGGAACAUAAAGAGCUCCACAAAUGAAAAGAGCAAUUCCCCGUUGCAAGUUUUCUCCUGCUCCUGGUGUCCGCUUUUAUAUACAUCCGAAACAUCCCUCAGCGAACACAUCAAGAGAUGCCACUGUGAAGAAUCGGAGAUGCCACAGAAAAAAGUCGAGACAACAAGCUCUACUAGUCAGCAAACGUCUUCUGCUACUCUCUGCAUUAACACCUCUGGCACCCAGCUUCAGAAAAAAGUCUUCCAAUGCUCAAAUUGUGAAAAACGUUUUUCUCACCUGAGUAAUUUCCAAAUACACAUGCGCGUCCACACCGGAGAGAAGCCGUAUCGGUGUUCCGAGUGCGGGAAAAGUUUCGCUCAACAGAACAAUCUUCAGUCACAUCAACGCAUUCACGCGGGCGAGAAGCCGUAUCAGUGUUCGCAGUGCGGGAAGAGUUUUAAUCGAGAGGACAACCUCCGAAUUCACCGGCGCAUCCAUACAGGAGAGAAACCGUACUGCUGCGGAGUGUGUCCCAAGAGUUUUGCUCACCGGAGCGCUCUUCGAAUACACCGGCGCGUCCACACAGGAGAGAAGCCGUAUCAGUAUCCGCACUGCCCGAAGAGUUUUUCUCAACUGACUCAUCUGCAACAGCACAAGCUCACGCACGACAGGGAAAAGCCGUACCAGUGUUUAAGCUGUAACAAGUGUUUUACUCAGCAAUGCUAUCUCCAAGCACACCAGCGCAUACACACGGGAGAGAAGCCGUAUUGCUGUACGCACUGCGGGAAGAGUUUUACACACCAGAGCACCCUGCGGCGACAUGGGCGCGUUCACACCGGAGACAAGCCGUAUCAGUGCUCGCACUGCGAAAAGAGUUUCUCUCACAUGAGCACGUUCCAGAUACACCAGCGUACUCACACAGGAGAGAAGCCGUGCGAGUGUUCGGAGUGCGGGAAACGUUUUACGCACCGACAAGCCCUGCUACAACACCAGCGCACUCACACAGGACAGAAGCCGUAUCGCUGCUCGCAGUGCGAGAAGAGUUUCCGUAACCAGAGUCAUCUCCGACGACACCAGCGUACUCACACAGGAGGAAAGCCACAUUACUGCUCACGGUGUGGGCGGAGCUUCUGUCAUGCAAGUAUGUUUAAGACACACAAGUGUGUUGGCAUGGAGACAUCAGCUCUUCCCUAA